GCACUCGGUCCUGUGCUUCGGAAGCAGAUUACCUCCAGAAGACCCUGAUCACCCGUAGUGAGUGACAGUGAUGAGUGACAGCUCUCGGACGGGGACGACGUGAGCACGAUGGACAGUUUGUAACUUUGCCUUUGUAGGGGAACGUCAAGUCCACAUUCACGGACCAAACUACGGGACUAUGCCCAGUGCCGAUACCGUUGUGGAUAAAAGUUUAUCAGAAGUAGAGAGAUAUAACAUCUGCGGCGAAAUGGCGGAGCGCGGCAGCGAUGGGAACAACAUCCUCAGCCUCCCGGUACCGAUGCGGCGGGGGGGCUCAGAGUCCAACCUGGUGUCUGACGGGGGCGUGGGCCUGGACUUCACUAAGGGCCGCCUGGCCAUCGACAGCCUGCAGCAGAAGAUACUCAAGGUGACAGAGCAGAUCAAGGUGGAACAGACAGCCAGGGACCAGAACGUGGCAGAGUACCUCAAACUGGUCAACAACGCUGACAAGCAGCAGGUGGCACGCAUACGCCAGGUGUUUGAGAAGAAGAACCAGAAGUCUGCCCACAGCAUCGCCCAGCUGCAGAGGAAGCUGGAGCAGUACCACCGUCGGAUGAAGGAGGAGGCCAACGGGGCCAAGCACCCGCCCAGGGAUGCCCGGGGGGAGGGGGGCAAGGAGGGCCAAAAGGACGACAGCCUGCGGGACGUCAGCUCGGCCAGCGCGCGCAACCCGGCAAUGGACAAGGUCAAGACCAUCGGCCCCGGGGUCUCCCUCUCGCCCCCCUUCUUCUUCAACAAGUCGCGGGAGUUCGCCAACCUCAUCCGCAACAAGUUCGGCAGCGCCGACAACAUCGCCCACAUGAAGAGCUCCAUGGAGACGGGGGCGGGGCUCCAGGCGGAAGGCGGGGCCCGGGCGCUGAGCGGCAGCGCCACCACAAUUGCCAAGGCCAAGUACCCCAGCGACGACGAAUGCUCCAUAGGGACCUCUGUGUCGGCAGACUCCAACGGGAACCUUGCGGGGGGGUCGGGGUUGGGAUCAGGGGGUGGGCUGGGGAGGUCGGACUCUCAGGGGAGGCUGGGGGAGGUGCUGGAGGAGGUCAGGGAGAUUAGGGAGGCCCAGGUACAGCUGGCCGAGGACAUGGAGUCACUGAAAAGACAGUUCAAGAGCGACUACAGCUUCAUCACACAGACACUGCAGGAGGAGAGAUAUAGGUUUGAGCGGUUAGAGGACCAGUUAAAUGACCUGACAGAGUUGCACCAGCAUGAGACCAGUAACCUGAAGCAGGAGCUGGCCAGCAUCGAGGAGAAGGUGGCUUACCAGGCCUACGAGAGAGCUAGGGACAUCCAGGAGGCUCUGGAGUCGUGUCAGACGCGUGUCUCUAAGCUGGAGCUCCAGCAGCAGCAGCAGCAGCAGACGGUACAGGUGGAGAACACAGACGCCAAGGUGCUGCUGGGGAAAUGCAUCAACAUCAUGCUGGCCAUCGUCACGGUGAUCCUGGUGUGUGUUUCCACGGCGGCCAAGUUCACCGCGCCCCUCCUGCGGAGCCGCGUGCACCUGGCUUUCACCUGCAUGGGUUUGUCCCUACUGGUGGUCAUCUGGAAGAACUGGGAGCACCUGCAGUGUGCCCUGGAACGCAUGCUCCUCCCACACUGAGCUAGACUCCUCCCAUGUUAAGCUAGGCUCCACCCAGUCUGAGUUUGUCCCCCUCACAAUGUGGGUUUGGCGCCUCCCACACUGAGUUUGGAACUUUGGAACUCUGUGAUGUUGUCAUAGCGAUAGAUUAAAUGGGGCGGUGUUUACAAUGUAGCCUUACACCCCAACACCCUCGUGUCUCUCCUCCUCUCUGUCUUUUGGAGUUUGGACAGAACUCCUUGAGGGAAAUUGUUUCCAAACGAUGCCAGUGUGCCACUACAGUACAAAUUACAGGAAAGCAAGACAUCUGGGACUGACCAAUCAGAUGAUGGCUACAGAGGAAGCAGGACCAGGCACAUACAGUAUUAUUGUGGACACUGAUCUUUGUGUGGUUGUCAAUCUCAAUAGGACAUUGAAUUGGACUAUGCAGGUCAUAAGCUUUUGUAUAACCUUUAAGAAAAACAACGGGUCCGCCGAUUGGUUCCUCGUCUUUUGCGGAGUCGUACUUGCGUCACCUUUAUUACACUAACACACUGACAGUAUUAAAAACGAAUUCUCCCAGAAGACCUCUGGUUCUAAUCCACACACACUCUCGCUCCCACCCCCCAUGAUACACAUUCAUCCACAUACACACUGAGAGGAAUGUGACUUGUGUGUCUGUGUAUGUACAGGGGGUGGGGGUGUUCUCCAUGUGAGAGAGCUUUGUCUGUAUGCACCUG